CGGUUACGAUCAAGACAUCUUUCGCCAAAAAUUGGCAACAUGUAUCCGGUCGAGAGUGAGACUCGAACUAGUCAGGAUUAAAAAGAAGUACCCAGCAGAGGGGGCUUUUGUGACCAGGGCACUGAUGGCUAUGAAGAACAUUGUGACAUGCUUCAGUGGAUCUCACACUUAUUGUGCAGAGAGAUCCCUGGCCUGCAAUGCUCACCUGGAGUCCUUCAGUACUCAGUAUCUUCCAUAUGGAAGUUACUUAAGUCUGGUCACAGAAGACCGCCGCAAGCUGGAAUCGGUUAUGAAUAAGUCCCUGACAACUGAAAUUUUGAAUAAAAUUGCUAAUCUAUAUACAACCAAUCAAUGUGAGAGCUUGCAUCACAGAGUUUUUACAUAUGCACCAAAAUCUGUGUUGUUCUCAAGAAAUUUUAAUGGACUAUGUCACUCAGCAUGCCAUUCAUCCACAUUUGGAACUACAAAUUACAAACAUUUUGGUGUAUGCAGCAUUCAAUAUAGUCAAGAAAUGGCCGAGAAAUUGGUAUUUUAGUACGACAUGUCCAAGACAUUGACUGACCCAACAAACAAGACUGAACAGUCAAGAAUUCAGAACUGACCAUCAACUCACAUUAUCUCAUUUUAUCUAAUAAAAAGAACACCGUGAAUUGAACUGCAUGUGUGAAUAUUGAUGACAUGCUUCAGUACAUAUUAAAUAAUUCCUCCAACUACACAUUCUGUUGUUUUAGAUUUACAUUUGUUGAAUUAUGAACACAUGAGUGAUGAUUCUAUGUGAAAUUGUGUUGAAAUAAAAGAAUGCCUCAAAUGUCCAUAGAGUGUCAUCACACACAUACAUGUAUAUACACAUACACAUACAUGUAUAUACAUGUACAUAUACAUAUACAUAUAUAUAUAUAUAUAUAUAUAUAUAUAUAUUGAUUGAUUGAUUGAUUGAUUGAUGACAUGCUAUGACGUCACAAUGCAAAUGCAUUGAUGAUGUCACAAUAUACAUGACGUCAUAAUCACAUACAUGUAUCAUCACAAUGUAAACAAUCAUGAAUGAGGGACUAUGCUGUUAAAUGAUUUUCAACAUGCCUAGAACUGAUAGACACAGGCAAGGCAAAAAGAAGAAAACACGCAAGACUACAUUUCUAAAGGGACACCUACCUUGGAAUAAGGAUCAGCAGCCUAUCAGCAGUGUUCCUUGCACAGAGUCCACCUCUGUCAAUAUCCCUGUGUGUCGUCCGGAGAAAGCAAUCUAUGACGCUUCAAUUCUAAAGUAUGAGGGUCCUCCAAAUACCCUUCCAGGAAAGCUAAGACCUAAACAUGAAAGAAAAGAGGAUGAACCGUUAGACAAUUCAUCAGAAAAUAUAAUUGUUAACUUCUGUAAGUUAAAAGAAUUCAUUAAAUCAAGCAUUAGCCAUAACUGCAGGCGACAAGACAGUUUCAAUGUGGCAAUUGCUAAGCGAAAAGGAUUGUGUGUAUGUCUGCAGGCGAGCUGCACAAACUGUGGUUUUGAUACCGGUGUGCAUAAACUGUACACCGAGUGUACAAGCAACAAAAGAGGUCCCGCCGCAGGCUGCUUAAAUGAAGGCCUCUCUAUGGCCACCGUUAAAUCCAAAAUGGGAGGAACUGACGUUCAGAUGUUAAUGGCUUGUCUUGAUAUUCGUGCUCCCAGUUUAACUAUAAUCAACAACAAAAUCAAUAAGCAAUGUGAAAAAAUGAUAGAACUAAAUGAAAAAUCCAUGGUUGAGAAUCAGAAGUUUGCCGGCCAAGUGGCAACCUUCAUCGGAGAGGGAAACAACAUUGAUGUCGAAACGGACACGUGCUUCAACAACCGUAACCAAACUGGGUACGAAGCCGGCACGCAAUCAUUCUGUCCGGUGAUUGAGAAGACAACUGGUCUUAACCUCCCAAUUGCAAUGGCCACUGCGAGCAAACUGUGUUCAAAAAUAAACAUGUGCACCCAUGAGAACAACAAAUGUUCACUGACCUACAACCCUGAUGAGUCUAUCUCCUCCAGUGAAUCAAAACUGACCACUAAAAACUUGCAAAAGAUUCAUGAUCUCAAAAUUGUAUCCAUAAAAUCCUUAACUAGUGAUGCAAGCUCUCAAAUCAGCAAGGUUGUUAGAGAAGUUGGGAAAAAAAAUGAAAUCGUUAUCAAGUACUUCCAAUGUUUUGUUCACCGACUACGCACAAUUCAGAAAAAAGUGAAAUCCAUACAGUUCUUAAAACUCCCGGCCGGUUACGAUCAAGACAUCUUUCGCCAAAAAUUGGCAACAUGUAUCCGGUCGAGAGUAAGACUCGAACUAGUCAGGAUUAAAAAGAAGUACCCAGCAGAGGGGGCUUUUGUGACCAGGGCACUGAUGGCUAUGAAGAACAUUGUGACAUGCUUCAGUGGAUCUCACACUUAUUGUGCAGAGAGAUCCCUGGCCUGCAAUGCUCACCUGGAGUCCUUCAGUACUCAGUAUCUUCCAUAUGGAAGUUACUUAAGUCUGGUCACAGAAGACCGCCGCAAGCUGGAAUCGGUUAUGAAUAAGUCCCUGACAACUGAAAUUUUGAAUAAAAUUGCUAAUCUAUAUACAACCAAUCAAUGUGAGAGCUUGCAUCACAGAGUUUUUACAUAUGCACCAAAAUCUGUGUUGUUCUCAAGAAAUUUUAAUGGACUAUGUCACUCAGCAUGCCAUUCAUCCACAUUUGGAACUACAAAUUACAAACAUUUUGGUGUAUGCAGCAUUCAAUAUAGUCAAGAAAUGGCCGAGAAAUUGGUAUUUUAGUACGACAUGUCCAAGAC